UCUCCGUCCAUGGACUGAAGCAGUAAAUUCCAUCCCCUUACCAGAAAAGGCUAUCACAUUGCAAAAGAAAUGCGAUAGGAACUAUAAAAAAAGGAGAGAAGACAUUAAAAACAAGGAUAGUAUAAUAAAGCAGAGACUAGAAAAGGCGAUGUCAGAUAAGUUGAGGGAAAUGGGGAACAAGGACUACGAGAAGGCCGGUAGACACGGUAGUGAUCUGUUUACGAAGGUACCUCCUAAAGGUUAUCGAGCCAUUUUGGGGUGGAUGGGCAACAUUCCAGUUGGAGAUUACGCCGUCAGAUUUAAUAAUUUGAUCGGUUGUUUAAUCAGAGACCCACACCACAUUAACAUCGCUCAUAACUUUGAUGAACAACAAUGGAAUGGAAUAAAGAAGAUAUGGGAGAGGCUCAUGAAUCACUAUUGCCUUGAGGACAACCCGGACUCUUGGGAUUACGUAAUGAGUAGAGCGAGCAAGAUGCUUCGGGGGUGGAGGAGUAGACUUAAGAGUCAAUACUUUACAGAUAUAACCAUUGAUUGGAAGCGGAUUCAUCAGCUUGAUAAGAGGGUUCCUCCUUAUAAUUGGAUGACUCUCAUUAUCGAGUGGGAGGGCGAGAAGAAGGAUAAAUGUUCGAUAGCAUCGGCUAAUCGCGGUGCAAAGCUAUAUGAUCACUUUCUAGGAGCUACUCCCUACGCUCGGAUCGAGCAUAAAUAUUUGCGUGAAAAUCCGGACGCCUUGACUAUGCCGCCAACUCUUCUUGCUAGAAGUGCAUAUACACCACCCGAGGAUCCAUGGACUGAAGCAUAA